AUUUGGUGUUUUAAGGUUGCCACCAAAAAAAAUGUCGGGUGUACGUCAACUGGAAAUUUGUUGACAUUUGUUAAAAUUUCUUCACUAAUUAUAUCAAAAAUAGCGCGUUUUCAACCACCACAACUUAAAAUUCCGUUUCCCCGCGUCUUAUUACAUCAUGCCCAAACCAGGAAAACACAUCAACCACAAGGGUAGAAACCGUCGAUUUACCAACCCGGAAGAGUUAGAGGAAGAACGUCGGAAGGAAGAGGAGGCAAAAAGGUGGAGACAAAAACGAGGUGAAGUGAGUUCAGAAGAAGAGGAGGAGGAGGAUGAUGAGGCUUCAGGAGGUUCAGAAAGUGAAGACGAAUCAAGCGAUGACGAAGAGGGAAAGAAAGCGAAGGGUGUUUCAAAUUUAAUAGAAAUAGAAAAUCCAAAUCGUGUACAAAAGAAGAAUAAAAAACUUACCACGUUAACAGUGGAUGUACCCCCAGAAAAACCACAAUUAUCCAGGAGGGAACGCGAAGAAAUUGAGAAACAAAGGGCUCAAGCACAUUACCAAAAGCUUCACGCCGAAGGUAAAACAGAUCAAGCUAGGGCGGAUUUAGCAAGACUUGCAAUAAUUAAGCAACAACGUGAGGAGGCGCAAAAAAGGAGGGAAGCUGAUAAGAAAGCCAAGGAGGAUGCUGUUAAAGCUAAAACGGCGCAAACUCAAAAAGCACUUGGCAAAAAAUAAAAGUGGAGCCUUUAUUUAAAAAAAAAAGGCUUGGCACAGAUUUGUUUUUUUCAUUUUUCUUUGUUCGUAUUAACUAUUUUUAAUGAAUCUUUCGAUUUCUGUAAAGAAAAAUAUGAUGAAAUAAAUAAUCCUUAAUUAAUUUUUUUCAUUUGAGGUUAGAACUUUAUUUUUUUAACUUUUUAAUGCAUCACAUCAAAAUGAGACGCAAUUAAACUCUCAUUGCUACAUAAAAUGCGUGUGGAGUUAUCAUCAAUUUGUUUAAGAGCAUCUUAUUGUUGUAAAUGAAAUAAAUAAUCAUUAUUUUUUUUUGAUUUGA